AUGGCCUCUACCAAGGGGCUCGUCCCCAUCACGCGAAGUUUCCUCGCCGCGUUCUACGCGAAGCACCCGUUUGAUCCUCUGGACGACGACGUGGAGAAGCUCUUCGCUCGCCUCACGGAGCUCAGCGAGGCAAUCGAUGCCAAGCGCGUCGCCACAGAAGGCGAAGAGAAGGGACUGUUAGCCUCGUUAUUGCUCGAGGCGCCGCACAAGCUUGACGAAAACUUCUGGAAGAAUCGCGAGCAGAUCGAGGAAAUGCUUUUUCUUCUAGAUGAUGCUCAACUGCCUGCGGCGGUUAAGGCGGGCGAAUCGCCGGCGGGGAAAGCAGCAGCGGAGGCAGUGGGGAAGUGGAAGGAAGAGCUGCAGACGACGGUGGGCUUGAUCGAGAAGUUUCAAGAAGUCACCAGCGAACGCAUCACCAGCAUGGUGUUCACGUACAUGCCGCAGGACUUCCGCGGCACGCUGCUGAAGCAGCAGAAGGAGCGGUCGGAGGCGCGGCGCAAGCAGGAGGUGGCGAAUCUCGUGAGCAACGGCGGCACCAUCAAGCAGAAAUACGCGCUGCUCUGGCAGCAGCAGAUGGACAGGCGGCACACGCUGGCGUCGCUGGGAGCAGCAACGGGCAUUUACCGUACGCUUGUCACCUACCUAGUUGGCGUGCCACAGAUCCUGCUUGACUUUGUCAAGUCUAUCAACGACCACAACGGGCCCAUGGAGGAGCAGCGGCUGUCGUACGGGCCGCCGCUGUACCGCCUGACGGCCCUCGCCAACCGCCUGCACAUCUUCCUCGCGCUCUGGUGGUCCUCCUUCGACGAAUGCACCGAGAACGCGUCUGACUACGUGGGUGUGGUGAGCGACGCUGCAGCCAUCUACUCCAAGGAGAUUGCGCGAUUCCUCACGCUCCUCAGCGAUGUGUUUGAGCAGUCACCGUUCUUGAUAUCCCCAGAGGAGGCCAUGUCCGCUGAGGACAAAAGCAAGCUGGAGGAGUUUAAGGAGCUCAACAUCGCAUAUGGCCAGAGCUCGCAGGUGCCAGUGACAGUGGACGCAGUGGGCACCCUAGUGGCCUGGGAAUUCAACCUCACUUACGGCAAGGAUAUCGGCUUCAACGUGGAGUACACUGCAGAAGACGGCUCCAAAACGGGCAUGGUGCCAUACCAAAAAGUGGACAAGCAUGAGGGGAGCUUCAAUGCGCCUGCAGUGGGCUCGUAUACCAUCACAUGGGACAACACCUACUCCCUCCUCACAAAGAAGACUGUGCGAUACAAGGUGGGAGCCAUUCCCCCAGUGGAGACAGAGGAAGAGUUGAAAGCAGAGGAAGCUCUGUCACACCCAGAGAAGCAAGGCGAUGCCAGCACACCGACUGCUGCUGAUGCAGAUGCAGGUGUGGCUGAUGCAACACCUGCUUCAGAAGCUGACACUGCCACCACUUGA